AUGGAGCCAAUAUCACGAAUAGAAUAUCAGCAGCGUCAUUUGCGUGGCCUGAAGUUUAAUCGUGAGACGAUAUUUUUGUUCUGGAUGAGCGGUGUGGUGAACGUCAUCACUGUGGUCGUUUUCUACGAUGGAAUCGUGGCGUUCUUCAUCGAUGUGUACGCACGCAAUUGGGGAUGUAGUGUCUCGAAACGGAUUCUGAAACGUAAAACGCUUUCAGAACUUCAGACGGUAUCAUUUCAAAUUAUUGAUCCAUAG